GCGGGGCGGCGGCGCUCGGCGGGCGGGCCCUGAGGGGGCUCGGGGCGGCUCCGGCCGCGGUGUCCCCCGAGCUCUGCGGGGUCCAAAGGCUCGCCGUGAGCCCGUACCGAGGCCCGUCCUCUCAGCCGCAGGGCUCGCCCGAUGUUGUUUGUGAGUGGGAGCUGCCUCUGCAGGGACCCCGGGGUUUGGGGUGCCCUGGAAGCUUCUUUCACUGGGAACGCGCUCUGUGUGGGUGGUUCUGGAGUCCGGCAGGCACCACACCUGCCCCCUGAACAGCGCUGUGUUUGUGCUUUGGUGCCUUAGCGAUUCGGUCAGACAACGAGCUCCUGCUUCAGGUCUUCUGCGUUGUUUUUCACAAAUAUUUCGUUUGUAAAUGAAUGUGCAGCCCAAGCUGGACCCAAGCCCUCGGAUUUGGAGCAAGGCAAAUUGAGAAGCACGAGGCUGCAAGAUGUCGGGGCGGAGCGGGAAGAAGAAAAUGUCCAAACUGUCCCGCUCGAGCAGGGCUGGGGUGAUUUUCCCCGUGGGGAGGAUGAUGCGCUACCUGAAGAAAGGGACCUACAAGUACCGCAUCGGGGUCGGAGCGCCCGUGUACAUGGCAGCUGUCAUAGAGUACCUCGCAGCUGAAAUCCUGGAGUUGGCAGGAAACGCAGCACGGGACAACAAGAAAGGAAGGAUUGCCCCCAGACACAUCCUCCUGGCAGUUGCAAAUGAUGAGGAACUGAAUCAGUUGCUCAAAGGUGUGACUAUUGCAAGUGGAGGUGUCCUGCCCAGAAUUCAGCCUGAGCUUCUAGCCAAGAAACGGGGUGCCAAAGGCAAAUCUGAGACCAUCCUUUCCCCUGCUCCUGAGAAGAAGGGGAGGAAAUCCAUGGUGAACAAAAAGACUGGGAAGAAGGCAAAGUCUACUAAGGCCCGGACAUCCAAAAAAACCAAACAAAAGGACAAUGAAAAAGAAGGAGCUUCAAAUUCAACAACUGAAGAUGGACCUGGGGAUGGUUUCACUAUCUUGUCCUCCAAGAGCCUUGUGCCAGGACAAAAGCUUUCUCUGACACAGAGUGACAUCAGCCAUAUUGGCUCCAUGAAAGUGGAAGGCAUUGUUCACCCUACAACUGCUGAAAUAGACCUCAAGGAGGAAAUAGGCAAGGCACUGGAGAAGGCUGGAGGCAAAGAGUUCUUGGAAACAGUGAAAGAGCUUCGCAAAUCUCAAGGACCUUUGGAAGUUGCUGAAGCUGCACUCACUCAGUCUAGCGGCCUAGCAGCAAAGUUUGUCAUCCACUGUCACAUCCCACAGUGGGGCUCAGACAAGUGUGAAGAGCAGCUCGAGGAGACUGUCAAGAACUGCUUAACAGCUGCAGAAGACAAGAAGUUGAAGUCUGUGGCUUUCCCCCCGUUUCCCAGCGGCAGAAACUGCUUCCCCAAACAGACGGCAGCCCAGGUGACCCUCAGAGCUAUUUCCACCCAUUUUGAUGGCACCAGCUCUUCCUCCUUGAAGAACAUUUACUUUCUGCUCUUCGACAGUGAAAGCAUUGGCAUCUACGUGCAAGAAAUGGCCAAGCUAGACACGAAGUAGCAACGGCAGCCAAACGAAACUUUAUUUUUCAACAAACUUGAGUAGCAUUAAAAGCAUUAGAGGUGGGUUUUAUUUUUUCAAUGUGACGAUGAGGGGGAGUGGUAGUAGUGUGAUGUGUUGUGACUUGAUGGAGAGCUGUGAUUAGAGAUGAGAGGGGUUUAGUCUGAUUUCUUCAUGCCAUUUUUAUCACCUUAAGCAGUUGAGUUAUCAUCUGGCUUCAGGAGUUUAGUGUCCUUUGUUACUUUAGUUUAGAAGUUUUUAAAGAGCAACCUCAUUUUAGAUUUGUAGUGAUGAUUUCUUCACACACACACACACACGCCACUUUCAAGAAAGCUCUUAAAAAUGUUCUGCUCCUUUUUCCCCUCCCUUGAGGGUAGAUGGUAAACUUCUGCCUUCAGCCCACAGAGAGGUGAAAAGGGUUUUAGAAGUGAUGCAUGAGGAGCUUCUGUUUUGCUUUUAGCUCACAAUAACCUCUGUAAUUACUGAGACUAUUUCAUGGUGAUUUUGUUUGUUUUAUAAGAAAAAAAGAAAAAGAUGUGUCAA